GCUGAUAUCAUCGCUCAUUUGAUUAGACGCAGUUCGUUCGAUUAGUAUUAGGUCUCAUUGCACUUAACGGCGCGCAAGUAAGUUCACUUGCCACAAGUAAUUCGAAAAAUAGCCGAGGCAGUCAUUUCCAAGAAGUGCUCUUUCUUAACAAUUGGCAGUGCUCGUCGCUGGUUCGCUCGAUUUUCAAGCACGCAUAGAUUAUUAAAAUUAAAAAAAAAAAAAAUCAAAAUUAAAUAUUUAUAAAAAAAUUGCUAAUUUGUAACGGUUUGCAAUUGUUAACCUUGAAUGCGUGUGCGGCGCGAAUGCGAUUAUCGUAGUGUUCACAUAAAUCGCGUCCAUAUUUUUCUUGUCUUGUGCCAAGAAAUUCCAAGGCAUUCGCACUUGAAUUUUCGCAAAAAUAAAAUAAAGUGGCAUACAAAUAUACGUAUGCAUGUAUAUAAUAUUUUAUUUUGUGUGUGAUUCGGAAGAGUAAUGCAAAUUUGUGUAUAUGAAAAUUGAAAAUUGAAUUUUUGAAAAUUUUCAUUUGGUGAAUUACACAAUCAGUGAAGCAGCGAGGCUGGUGUGGUGAAAUUUAUAUAAUAUUAACGCGCACGAGCAGGCGGGCGACAAGCAGUGCAUAUUUGUACCUGUAGUCAGCCAGCCGGUGAAGCUAGUGACGGUUUUGUUGGCCGCUAUAGCAGCGCGCAAUUCGUAAGCGCUUCAACACGAAAUUUCCCUUUUCUUCGAAAAAAUACGAACUACACAGUACGUCGAUUAAACAGUUUACCGCGCUACUGGUUCCUAUCGUACAUCGUUCAAGUGUUGGUGAAUAGUUGGUUGCUUCGUCAGUUGGUCGUAUCACUUGUGGUCGCGGUAGCGAUUGGCCUAUGGGACGCAUUCUCUCCGACCGACACUGCAGUUCGCUACUAAACAAAUUGCGUGCGUAUCUGCAAUCACUUUAGAUUUUUUUAUAUUUCUGAAACUGCAAUAAAUUGGUGGUGUCGUGCGAUUCUCAAGUGCAACGUUGAAAAAAAGAAGAAUUCACCGAAUUUGUGGUCAUUUGUACGUUUCAAGGCUGUUUAAAGUAGUAAAGUAAAGAACGAGCGUGAUUUUAAGGAAUCUUGUGCCACCAGCCCAGUCGAUUUCAAUAAAGAAAUCAACACAUUUUCCACAUCCUCAACUCAUUGCUGAACGUAAACAACAACAAAAUGGGUGAUGACCUUCUACCCGAACUGGGUGAUCUCGUCUUCUCGGUACUUAUCGGCUAUGCAGGUGCUUUGCAAUUUCUCUAUGUUGUGCGUCAUCUAUAUCACUGGAGCUGCGGCCAUAUGGCCAGAACAGAAAAUGAUGCAGAAAGUCUCAAACGGUUGCAAGAGCGUAUGCGCAACGAGCUAGCGGAGGCUGAAGCGAAAGAAUUGCAGGCAGGUACACAGGUUAUGAAAGAUGGUUUGCUUUACAAGGACGGCUUUCGAACUGAUGCUGAACAGUUAAAAAAUGAUCGUCUUAGAGCUGAGCAGAGCACACCGGAAGCGCGUGAAAAGCGCAAAAAGGAAAUUGAAUCAGAAUUGAAGCGUCAAAAGGAGAUUGAAGAGAAAACACGUGCGCAACUGGCGGAAGCUGAAGCACAGUUAGAACAACAGCGUAAGCAAGCUGCUGAAGAGCUCGCGGCAAGGCAACAAGCCGAGGAGGAGAGAGCGAAAGAAGCAGAGCGCGAAGAAGCACGCAAAUUGUUAGAGAGAGAGCAGAUGCGCGUAGAGGAGGAGCGCAGGCGAGAAGUAGAGGAAGAAGCACGUAGAAAGCGAGACGCAGAAGAAGAAGCACGCAGAGUCGCCGAGGAAGAAGCUGCUAGAAAGCGUGCGGAAGAAGAAGAAAUAAAACGCCAAGAACAAGAGGCAGCGCGUAAGGCUGCUGAAGAGGAAGCAAAGCAAAAACGUGCUGCAGAGGAAGAAGAGGAACGCCGCCUUGAAGAGCAAGCACGCAAAGCAGCCGAAGAAGAAGAGUUGGCGCAGAAGCUUGCUGAGGAAGCAGAGGCACAGCGACGACGUGAAGUAGAAGCUUUGAGGGCCGCAGAAGCGAAUGCAGCAAGGGAAGCUGAAGAGCAGUCGCAAAAGUUGUUGGAAGCCGAAAGACAACGCGAGCUCGAGCAGCGUAAACGAGAAGCAGAAGAAGAAGCAGGAACGACGCAGAUGGUUGCUGAAGGGAAUGCAGCAAAGGAAGCUGAAGAGCAGUCGCAAAAGUUGUUGGAAGCCGAAAGACAACACGAGCUCGAGCAGCGUGAACGAGAAGCUGAAGAGGAAGCAAUAAAAGGACAUAUAGAAAACUGGACUGGCACUAAUAAUAGAGACGAAGAAGAAGACGCUGAAAACGAACGAAAAUUGUUUGAAACAGAGCAAUUGCACGAAGAAGAACAGCGAGCAUAUGAAAUGGAGGAAGCACAAAAUGAGGGUGAAUCUGAAAGCGCACCAGACGACGAGGAGGAGGAGGAGGAGAUUAAGUUCAACCGUAUGUUCGCGAAUGAAGCGCUUGCAAGCAAGAAACAAAAUGAGUUGGGAGAAGCAGAAGCUUUGGAUAGCAUAAUGCAACUGCUCGAUGCCGAAAGUGACCGUCAGAUGCGUGAAAAAGAAUUUGAAGAAGCGGCAGCACGUGAACGUGGCGAGAAACAGAGAGUAAUCGAGGAGAAUGCACGUAAGUUUCUCGAAGCCGAUCAAGAAAUGGAGCAACUACUUGAGUCUGUGCAAAAACAACGACGCCUCUCUGCCACAGAGAGUGCACCACAAUCGCCAGUUUUCGAAGAACCAUGCAUAAGAAAGACAAUGAGUCCACUCUCCGAUAACUCUGACAGUGGGGGCGUUGAACGUGUGACACAAACUGUUAAAACACAGUUCGGCCAAACCAGCAACGAACCAUAUUCUUUGACAACGAAACCGCUACUAUUCAAAAGUAUAUCCGAUGAUGCUCCAUCUUUAGAGCCGCAUAGCUCGUUGAGUGCACAACCCUCAGACGAAUUCGAGACCGAUGCAUAUGAAACACUACACAACACAAUCGAUGUGCAAUUUACCCAGCUGGAGCGUCAAGCACCCGACGGUGAGGAUAAUGACAAUACAUCUCCCACACAAUACACCGAUGACUAUUUACGCUCACUCGAUGGCAUCAAGCAACGGCCUUUGGUGCGUGAGGAUGGUUCUGGACGUAGACGCGCUUUCAAGAAGCGUCGUUCCAGUGGCAGUUCGAACUCAUCAUUUGAAUCGCGCGCCUCACGCGAGGAAGAACUAAAAAUGUUCACUUCGUUGGAAGAGGAAGAGCUAAAAGCAACGAAGGAGGGCGAAACGGAUUUCACACCAAUAAAAUAUUCAAAUGACCAGCUUUUGAAGGUAAAACCACCGCGCCGACGUCACAAGCGUAGCCCGGCGAAAGAUGCUAAGCCAAGCGAUAGAAGUUUAAGAGGUUCUUUGGAGAUGCUUAACGAAGAAGCAAAUACCAAUCCAUGGGGUGAAGUUGCACCAGAGCACUACAAGGAUAUGCCAUUUUGGAAGCAUGAGAAGUCCAUGUCCAUCGACGAGGAAACAAUUGAAAGUGAGCUACCUGCAGCAGGGAAAGAGGAAGAGCGGGAUGUUAAUGCCAGAAAUUUGCCCACUGCCUCAGCAUUUGAGGAAGCAACGAACACACAAAACGAAGAAGCCAUAACCGUAUUGCAGAGACAAAAGACCAAGGAAGAACAGGAAACCGUUGACGAUCAGCAACAACCGGUGUCUGAUGAGCCAGCUCGAAGUGACAUUCAACCAAAUUUGAUUUUCAGUGGCGAAUAUACGAAGGCCAUGGAUAAGGAUUGGCACUCAGGCCAUUUUUGCUGCUGGCAAUGCGAUGAAAGUCUAACUGGACAACGGUAUGUCAUUCGUGACGAUCAUCCGUACUGCAUUAAAUGCUACGAGAAUGUGUUCGCCAAUACGUGCGAGGAGUGCAACAAGAUCAUCGGAAUCGAUUCGAAGGAUCUUUCCUACAAAGACAAGCAUUGGCAUGAAGCCUGUUUCCUAUGCUUUAAGUGCCAUUUGUCAUUGGUGGAUAAGCAGUUCGGCGCCAAGGCCGAUAAAAUCUAUUGCGGCACUUGCUAUGAUGCGCAAUUCGCCUCACGGUGUGACGGCUGUGGUGAAGUGUUCCGAGCAGGCACCAAGAAAAUGGAAUACAAGACACGCCAAUGGCAUGAGAAUUGUUUCUGUUGUUGUGUGUGCAAAAUGGCCAUUGGCACUAAGUCGUUCAUCCCCAGAGAGCAGGAGAUUUAUUGCGCUGGUUGUUAUGAAGAGAAAUUCGCUACUAGAUGCAUCAAAUGCAACAAGGUAAUCACCUCAGGUGGUGUCACCUACAAGAACGAGCCUUGGCACCGCGAAUGCUUCACCUGCACCCACUGCAACAUCACGUUGGCCGGCCAACGCUUCACCAGUCGCGAUGAAAAGCCCUACUGUGCUGAGUGCUUCGGCGAAUUAUUCGCUAAACGUUGCACAGCAUGCGAAAAACCCAUUACCGGUAUUGGCGGCACACGUUUUAUUUCGUUUGAGGAUCGCCAUUGGCAUCACGAUUGCUUCGUAUGCGCCAGCUGCAAGACCAGUCUAGUCGGACGCGGCUUCAUCACCGACGGACCGGACAUCAUUUGUCCCGAAUGCGCCAAGCAGCGACUUAUGUAAGCGUGAAGGCGGCGUCAAUGUAGCAAAAAACAAACAAACAAAAGAAAAAAAGAAAAUAUUAGGCGUGACAUGCUCUCUCUCUCUAACAAAUGAUGAAGAAAAAAUAUAUGAUAAACAACAGAAAUUAAGGAAAUAAAAGAAAAAAAACAAAAAAUGCAAUAUUAAAGCUUGCUGAAAAAUUAUUGUACUUUAAUGAAACAAAAUAUCAGAUAAAUAAUGAAAGAAAAAAAUUAAACAACCCUAACGGCCUCGAAGCGUGAAGGUGUGGAACUCCUUUUGAGCAAUAAAAUAUUCAUAUUCAGAGAACGGAAAAUAUAAAAAAAAUUGUAAAAAAAUAUGUAUGUAAAACGCAAACUUUUUGAAUUACUAGCUAUUAGUUUACUUAAAUUUACAUGGAAUUAUAAUUGUUAUAGGUAUAGAAAAAACACUAAAUUUUACAAAUGUCUAAAACUCUGAUUAAAAUAUGCGGCCUAAAACACUUUGUAAUGAAAAAAAAAUAUUUAAAAUAAUUUAUGCAUAUAUUUCCGGUGGGUAAACGAAUCUAAUGUCUAUGGAAAACAAUAAAAGGGGCAUUUAAAAAUUAAGCAAAAAUAAAAAGUCAAGCACGAAAAUUUAAGCUUAUAAAAAAAAAUCAGAUUAGCACUAUUUAAAUAAACAAAUUUACUAAGCAAUUAAAUCACUGUUAUUUGUGUAUGUACAACGUCACAGCAAAAAGAGCAGCCAUUUUGUUUUUGUUAUACAUAUUUAAUAGGAAUGCCACAAAAUAAUAUACACACAAACGAAUAUUAAACACUAAAAUAAGCCUUAAAACAUGCAAACAAACAAAUUACUACCUUAGUUUUAUGUUUCCUUUGAAUUUAAUUCAUAAAACUAAAGCAAAAAUGUCUUAACCCACGGUUUCAAUUGCCUUAAAUGUGUAUGUAUACAGCUCAAUUUUCAAUUAUCAAAUAAUAUUCUUAUAAUUUCCUAUUAAUAUAUUAUAAACAUAAAAAAUCCAAUUACUAUAUUUAUUUAUAAUUCUAAUCCUUAUUUAUUCGAUUUCAUUUUAUUUAAUAUAAAAAGUAUGGCAAUUCACUGUUAAGUGCAAAUUAUGAGCGCAAAAAAUGUGUGUAUGUGUACAUUUGGUUGUUGUUGUGUUACUCUGGUAAAUUACAAAUGUCACGUUGCCUGCCAGGUUAUUUGCAGCUAAUUGUGAAAUGUCCCCAAGUAUUUAUUUAAUGGAAGGGGAAGACUUUGUUAUUUUUGUUUUCCUUUUUACAAUAUUUAACAUAGCAAAAAACGAAGAAAUUUGUAUCGAUUAUGCUUGUCAGAACAAUCUUUUAACUGUUUUAAAAUAAUUUAAUUUAGCGAUAUAUUUUCAAAUUGCCAUUCGCUUGAAUGUACUUAUUCACACACACACACACACACACACACAUGCGCGCACGCAUACUCUUAUGUUCUGUGCACAUUGUGCCACCAAUGGAUUUAUGUACUAUAAGUGUGAGGUAUGUAGAUGUAUGUAAAUCGUGACCACGUGAGUAGAUCCAAUAGCAAUUACUGACUACAAACACUGAAAUUAAAUCAAAAUACUGCGGAAACCAUAUUGAUGUAAUAUUAAACUAUUAAAAAUGAAAUAAAUAAAUAUUAAAAGUUGUA